GGAGCAUUUUUUGAUUGUUGUCAAUGAAACUGCAGUUAGGAAAUAAAUGCAUAUUCACAGCAUAUUUGAUACAAUAUAAUUAUAGACACCGAUUUUAAUUCUAUCGUGUGAAAGUGAACAGGUAAUCGCAAAAAAAACAUGACUGCGGGCAUUAGUUUUUUUGGUUUUUUUUGCCACUAUUAACACGGUGUGAACUGGUAUUAUUAAAAAAAUUAAAGUAAAGGAAUAUAUUGUGCGCCUCUUGUUAUUUGCCAUUCUAGAUCAGUUGCUAAAGAAGCCAGUAAGUUUCAAAGUAUAGGCGAAUGGCUAACAGUUGCAGUUGUCUUUUCGAAUGACCCCUGUAAAAGAUAGCAUUUGAUUCCUACUGUUACAGUCAACUAGUACAUAACGGAAGUGGACAACAGAGUAUUUUUUCACACGUAUCUGGAGUAAAAAAAAAUCCUCUGCUGCGACAUUUCUAUUCUGUUGAAGGAUGUCAGAAUCACUCCAGACAACAGACGUAACCUGGAGCAAUACACAAUAUCCCACUGUACCAACAGUCACCGACUCUCCGUUUAUAAAACUUCAGAAGGACUAUAGAAAACUACAUGGAUAUAUCAGCUGCAUUGUUUGCAUUUUCGGCUUGUCAUCGAAUAUUAUCAACAUGAUUGUUUUGACAAGAAAACAUAUGAUCAAACCUGUAAACUUUAUUUUGACAGCACUUGCUGGCGCAGAUUUCCUGACAAUGUUAACGUAUUUGGUGUAUGCAGCUUACUUUUAUAUUGCAAAAGAACCGAUAUGGCAAGCAAAUCAUACGUAUGCUUGGAUGUGUUUUAUAAUGAUACACAAUCACUUUAUAAUUAUAUGCCACAACAUGUCCUUGUGGUUUACAGUGUAUCUUGCAGUACUUCGAUACAAAUUUGUUUGCAAUAAUACAUUCGGUUAUCGGGAAUACAGUCUUAAACGAACAAUAAUUACAGUUACCAUCAUAAGUAAUGUAAUACUUGUACUGUGUAUACCUAAUUUCUUUAUGUAUAAAGUGAUAGCGCUGUCAGACAUUGUCGAUCCCAAUGUCUCUGGUUACUGGAUCGUUGAUUCAGAUUUUGUUAAGAAACAUAUAUUUUACAAAGUGUCAAUAUUCUGGUUUUUCGGCGUAGUUAUGAAAAUUUUACCAUGCAUUCUUCUAACAUUUUUCAUCUGUCGGAUCAUACACACAAUGUAUCGAUCAGAGAAACAGAGAGAGCAGCUUCAAGAACAAGCGAGAUUAUCUACGCAUGGCAGACAUCGUGACAACAUCAGAACUACGCGGAUGCUGAUAGCUGUUGUCCUUAUAUGCGUGCUCACAGAGAUGCCUCAAGGCAUUUUUGCUUUGAUAAGCUGUUUGGAUGAUAGGUUCUUUGAAGACAUAUAUUCUAACAUUGGCGAUAUUCUUGAUCUUCUAGUAUUGUUUAACUCCUCAGUGAAUUUUAUUCUAUACUGUUCAAUGUCUCGACAAUAUAGAGACACGUUUCGAAAGUUAUUUUCUUUCCGGACGGCACAUUGUCACAAUCAGUUGAGGCAAAUAAAUCAUACCCGUUGAGAUGACCUAGCCAUAUUGGCUAGGGGUCGAAUACUGCUGUCAAGUUGUUGACAAAUUUCCACGUGUUAACAGAAACAGUAGAAUAAUUAUUACACUACACAAAGGUGGGGGAAAUGACAACGUCAGAUAUAACAGUGUAUGAUCUCUUACAUCGUCCAUUGAAAAUGAAAUAGUUCUUCUGAGUCAUAACAAACAGAAGCUAAUGUAGCUGAAUAUGCAACAAUGAUACCUCAUCUUUAGCUAUCAUUAGCAAGAAGCUCUCAUGGUGAACAGUUGUGAUCUCUCACCUGCUUGACGUAAAAAUAGGACCAUUAUAAAGAUACAUUAAUAAAUAACCUCAGUAUGGUGGCAUAUUUCUGCCAACCACAUAUCCAUUUAUUUAUGUAGACAGUUUUCACUAAAAAUGCCACAUAUCCAGUUAUUAUCUGGCAAGUGGCAAAACUGCGUGUUAUCUAG